CAGGAAGUAAAAUAAACAGCAGUGUUGAGAAAUCUCUAACAGGCAUGGGGCUGAGUUACAUGCUUCUGCUCUUCUCUGGCUUGUGCUCAAUUGUCAGUUGCCAAAGGUUAGUGCCUGGCGCUCCAUAUAAGAUCGACACAAAUGACAAGGGGGUCCUAAAAGCGGCGCUUCAUGGGACCAAUUCAUUUAACAAUCAGAACAAUGAUGCUUUUCUCUUCAAGCCGUCUGCAAUUGAAAAAGCCGAAAGACAGAUUGUCAAGGGACUCAAAUACAUUUUGGAAGUAGACCUCUCACGGACCGUGUGCCGCAAAAACGGAUACAAAGACCCAGACCUGGCCAACUGCAAGUUCCAACCAGAUGGUUUGUUGCAGCAGACCUUCCACUGUGUCUUUGAGGUUUGGACAAUGUCUUGGCUCCACUUCAUGAAGACUACCUAUUUUUCGUGCAGCCCAUCUGACUGAUCUUGAAGUUCAUAAGCUGUUUCUCUCCAUACAUGACUGAGCAUCUUCAUUCCUCAAAAUAAAAUUGAGCCUUAACGUAUAGUUUAACAA